AUGGUUGGUGGCUGGAGUUCCGAGGUUUCAACUGAUGCUGGAAUUCAUGAAUAUAUGGAUCAUCUUUUCAAGUCACAACCAUGGUUAGUUCGGCCUUCAUAUGCUCCCGAACAUUGGAGAUGUAACACAAAGAUGUCGAUUUAUGAAUCCGAAAACUCCAUCGAACAAUGUAAAAAAAAAGCUGAUGACACUAUAAUGUCAUAUGAAGAAACUCGCGGCAAAGACAAACGAAAGAAUUCAGAAGAUUUAAUAAUUGAUAACGAAAAUGGAGUCCGCGUUGUGCAGAAAAGCAGCAGCGAAUUCGAUCUCUACAAAAGGACUAAAAUAUCAUCGGAUAAUGGAUACCACAGGCCUUCUUGUGACUCACACAGCCCUAAUGGUCAUCUUUGGGGUCAUACGAGCUUGCAAAAUUGCAAGCGAUCUUUGAGUUUAGACUCACAAAACUUCACUCGCUAUAGCCAAUCAUCAUCAGAAAACCUUCAUUAUUCCUCUAACGAACAGCUAUAUUCAUCUUCAUCAAGUCACAAAUUGUCAUAUCAUGUAAAACACGGCGAAUCGCUCUUGAAUGCGACAAAACUCAACAUCUUUAAUUUUGAACAAACAAUAUACAAUCCCCAUUUCAAUCAUUUAUUGUGGGAUCAAGGACUUGUUGAUCGUCUUUCAGACAAUGGAUGGUUUGAUGAUAUUGUUUAUUCUCCGAUCACGAAACCCAAAUCGCUCUUGAGGCAAGAAGUUCUUUGGAAUGCUCGAAAUUUCGAGCUGUUGAGGCAAUCUACGGAGGAUGAUUCUUCUCUUACUGUGUUGUUUUUCCCUAAUAAUCUCGCGGGUUCAUUAAAUGACAUAAUUAAGAUACUCAAGGCAAAAGGUAUCACUUGUGAUAUGAAGAAAGUGGAGAUGGGAUCAAGAUCGACGAAAAAAGACCAAAGCGAUCACGCUUGCAACAUCGAGAACCGCAAACCAAAAAGGGAGAAAAGAGUCAAGAGAAUAAAAUCAAAUUCUUCCACUAUAUCUUCGACUCGAACUUUAUAUCUUCUCUACCCUCAAGAUCCUGAUUAUGAUGUGAGAGGUUUUCAGUCAAAGUCCGUUCAAUUAUUUCUUAAAAAAUUCCCAACAAUCGAAAAAGUUCAAGUUUGGGAAGAUCGUGAAACUCACAUAAUGAAUUUUGAAAAGCUAUUUGCUAAGCUUCGAUCCGAACGAAAAUUAGAAACGGAGUUGCACCGAGGGAAAGUUCACCGCCAGAGCUUCAUGAAUCCGAUUAAAGAAUGGAACAUUGUGAAUUUUGUUGUAACUAAUUACAACAAUAAGAUUGACUCUAUUUAUAAAACAUUAAAGGGACCCAGUUUUUCGGAUGAUAAUGUGGAUGAGGGCAUCAACUAUGAAAAAAUAUCUUUAUUCAUAAAAAUACAGCAUUCAGUAAUAUAUUUCAACGAGGAUGUAGUUGAAAAGUUAGCAAGGUUAUAUUCUCCACCAACCUCAACCAUAUUUGAAUAUGACUGGGAAAUCAAAUGUCCCUAUGUUUUAAUUCAAUCAGACCCCCAUUUGGUUGCCUUAAAUAAGGUUCACGAUUAUCUAGAAGAAUAUGUAACGCCGUGCGGAAGAAUUGAUUCUGUUGUGUUAAUGCAUAUUGUAGCUAAAGCUGUAAUUCAAGGCAGAUAUUACGGAUUCAAGGUGAAAGCGCCGUCUUUCGAUGAUUAUUCCUGUAUUAGUAACUAUCGUACACUUCCCGUGCACUUUGCAGAAAAAGAUAGCGGCAGACAGCAACCAUUCAUCUUAAUGAUGGCCUACGAUAGGAAUAUGGUGGAAUGGUCAAUCGAGAGCCUACCCACCGUGGUCUACGAUGAAAUUGUGUGGGAAGACAUUUCACGCGACGAUCAAGUGAUUCUUGGAGGCUUUGUAGGUGUAAAAUUCGAGAUAUGUGAUGAUGAAGAGAUUCCAGAUUAUGGCAUCGCGAACUAA